AUGCGAUCGCGUUCGUCAAUUUCGCUUGGCAUGCUGCCUUGUGAACUGGUCUUGGAGAUUGCAGACCACUUGGAUGUUGGAUCCCUCAGCAGCUUGUCCCAGACCUGCAGAGGAUUAAACAGUCUACUCGACCCGGAAAUCACCAAGCAAGCUUCCCAAUCUGCUCUCGCCCCAAGUAGCCAUUACGAGACGAAUUUCACCUAUGAAGAUGAUCAACAGCAUGGAGUGGAUUUUCCUUCUUUCCGAGUCCGGUGGGGCCCAACCCUCGAUCAGACAGUAGCAUAUCGUCAAAUGUCCAUCCCCCCUGCUUAUGUACCGACAGAAUUCGAACCUCUUGGCCAGGCGAUAUACCGGGGCAACUUUGAUGCGGUGCAAAAUCUUCUUCAGCGAGGUGUGAAUCCCAAUUCAUAUCUCGUGAAUGGUGCAAGGAUGCUCAGUGUAGCUGUUGAAUCGGGAAAUAUGGAGAUUAUCAAGCUACUCUUGGAAUUUGGCGCUCUUCCAUGCUGUAAAGACCCAGGACUCCCAUCGUCACCCCUAGAACGCGCUGCUCGCAAGAGCGAAAUGGAGGUGAUACGGGCAAUGCUAUUGACUGACUGUGAGGUAGAUUCAUGCAUCACCCUCCGUGAUGUUGUCUUCUAUCGAAAGGAAGUCGUCGAGCUUCUCAUUCCGCUAGUGGACAAGAGUAGAUUCUACCUUACGAAUGCCGGUGGGCAAACCGUGCUACACUUGGCUAUGAGAGACGCAUAUGCUCUUCUCGAGGCCGGGGCUGCAGUUAACAUCACGUUGCCUCACGGUGGUCAGAACGCGUUGCAUGUUGCGCUCAAAAUUGUGGCUGCUUCAGAACUCCCCCCAAUACUUUGUGAACUUCUUCGGUAUGGUGCCGAUGUCAACGGUAUGUCACCCUAUGGGACUCCCAUGCAUUGUGCUGUACGGACUAGGGCCAGGUCCAUUGUGGAGGUUCUUCUCCGUGAGAGCCUGACCCCACCAGACCUGACAAUCCAAGAUAGCUAUGGACAGACAGCGAUGGAGUCGGCUUUUCAACUUGGGUAUGAUGAGAUUGGCAAUUUGCUCAAGGAGUAUCAAUAG